AUGCAAAACGACGCCGGACAAACCGUCGAGCUCUACAUUCCACGCAAGUGGUGAGUUUUUAUAGCCUUUUUUCGCGAAUUUAUCGUCAUUUUUUGCAGCUCCUCGUCCAACCGUAUCAUCGGCCCGAAGGACCACGCCGCCGUCCAGAUCGACUUCGUUGAUGUCGACCCAGAGACUGGCCGCAUGGUAAGCAAUUCAUUGCGAAAACCCGGUAGUUAAUUUUGCUUCUUUUCCAGAUCCCAGGAAAGUCGACCCGCUACGCCAUCUGCGGAGCCAUCCGCAACAUGGGAGAGUCCGACGACGCCAUCCUGAGACUGGCCCAGAAGGACGGACUUAUCCCAAGAGAUGAGCUCAAGUCCAACUGA